AUGGUUACAGUGAAGGAGAUGAAAGACCUUUUUAAGAAAGAAUUAACGCCAAUCAACAAUACUCUACAGCAAUUAAGCUCUAAUUUUGAUGGCUUAAAAGAUUCGGUCAAGUUUCUCUCAGACAAAUACGACGAUUUACUUCGCGAACUGCACUCAAUGAACGAGAAACAUGAUUUGCAAAGCAAGAAUUUAAAGAAAGCUAGAGAAGAACUAAACGAGGCAAAACAACGUGCCGCAGAAGCAAAACAACAAGUCGAAGAAUUUGCACAAUAUAUAAGGCGUGACUGUGUGGAAAUCGCUGGAAUUCAACCUACAAGGGACCUAUCAUGUGAAGCAAUAGUGAAUUCAAUUGGCGAAACAAUUGGA